GUCAUAUGUUAGUGACUUUCAAUAUUUUUCUUAAAGGGACAGUCAAAACAAACACAUCAUUUGCUUGCCAAAGAAAAUUUAAAAGGAAGAAACCUUCACAACCACAUUAAACUAUGUCAAAAUUCAGUGGGGCACUUCAGCUCACCGACUUAGAUGAUUUCAUAACACCGUCACAGGAGUGCAUCAAACCAGUCGAAAUCAAAACAACCAAAAGUAAAACCGGAUCAAAGAUAACAAUACAAGACGAUGGAUACUAUGAAACGUCGGAAUUAGGUACGCACAAACUAGAAAAAGUGGAAAUUACGUUAGCCGAUUGCCUAGCUUGUUCCGGAUGCAUAACAUCAGCCGAAGGUGUUCUUAUCACGCAACAAAGCCAAGAGGAAUUGUUAAAAGUUUUAAACGAGAACAAUGAGCAUAAAGUGGCCGGAACACUGGAUCAGAUCAAGACGGUCGUUUUUACGCUAUGCCAACAAUCGUGUUUGUCAUUGGCCAAAAAAUAUCAAUUGGACCCAGAGGAAUGCGCACGACGCUUGACGGGUUAUUUCAAAAAGCUUGGCGCAGAUUACGUUCUAGACACAAAAGUCGGGGAUGAUCUGGCAUUGAUCGAAGCGCGAAAUGAAUUUGUUGAACGUUUUCAAUCGGAGACAUUGGAUAAAACCAACAAGAAUUUACCGAUGCUCGCGUCGUCAUGUCCGGGAUGGGUUUGUUAUGCAGAAAAAACGCACGGAAGUUUCAUUUUGCCGUACAUAUCGACAACACGCUCGUCUCAGCAAAUCAUGGGAAUGUUAGUUAAGGAGUUCCUCAGCAAAAAAUUGGGUGUCGGUUCAAACCGAAUGUACCAUGUGACAUUGAUGCCUUGUUACGAUAAGAAACUGGAAGCGUCAAGGGAAGACUUUUACAGCGAAGCGAAUGAUUCCAAAGACGUUGAUUGUGUGAUAACGUCCAUCGAAAUCGAACAGAUGCUGGACAUGCACAAACUGAAUCUAAUGGAUUGCGAAGCGAUUUCAAUGGAUUGGCCGUGGGGCACACCAGAACCGUCGACACAUAUGUGGGCGCACGAAAGUUCCGGUUCCGGUGGCUUUUCCGAUCAUAUAUUUAAGCAUGCGGCGAAGGAAUUGUUCGGCAUGGACGUGACUCAUUUGGAUUAUAAAAAUUUGCGGAAUCCCGAUUUUCGGGAAAUUGUUUUGGAAAAAGAUGGCCAGCUGUUGCUGCGCUUUGCGGUGGCCAAUGGGUUCCGGAAUAUCCAGAAUUUGGUGCAGAAACUGAAACGCGGUAAAUCUUCAUAUCAUUAUGUCGAGGUGAUGGCAUGUCCUUCAGGUUGUCUGAAUGGUGGCGCUCAAAUACGGCCCGAUUCCGGUACACCAGCCCGUGAACUGACAUCACAGCUAGAAGAAUUGUACCGAAAACUACCACAAUCCUGUCCGGACAACAAAGACACCCAAUUCAUUUACGCUAAUUAUUUGGAUGGUACGUUUAGUGACAAGGCAAAGUCAUUGCUCCACACCAAUUAUCAUGCCGUCGAGAAAAUGAAUACUGCGCUGAACAUUAAAUGGUGAAUGAAAUAAACGAAAAGAAAUUGUUGUCUCUUGAACUCCUAACAGGACAGUGACAUUUAAGUUAA